AUGCCCCGGAGAAGACGAUCUGACUUAGGUCGUCGUAGUCAAUCAAAUGUGCGAAGAGCUACCGCACGUGCUAACCGCACUGAUGACCAGAGACAGACAGAUAAAGAAAAUAGUCGUAUUGCUAUGUCAGAAUUGCGUUCUUUAGUGAGUGACAAUGUAGGAGAUAGGCUAAGAAUGCAACGAGUUCGUGCACAUCAAACACAACAACAGCAAGCUAGACAUAAUGAAAUUGAGCGAAUCCGCAGACGCAGUGCUCCUGUGAUUCUUGAACGAGCUGCAUUCCACUAUGAUCCAACAAUUGAUUAUUGUGCCGACAAAUCGGUAACAAUUGGGGAAAUGAAAACAAUUUGCAAAUAUUGUAAGGCAUUAAAAUACACUGGUGAAUCUACUGGAUUAUGUUGUGCUGAAGGCAAAGUAAAAUUGCCACAAUUGGUCCCACCACCAGAUCCUUUACGCUCUUUAGUUUCUGGGAUUGGAAAUGAUUCUAAGCACUUCUUGACCAACAUUCAGAAAUAUAACAACUGUUUUCAGAUGACAUCAUUUGGUGCUACACAUAUUAUACAAGACAAUUUCAUGCCCACUUUCAAGAUACAAGGACAAAUUUAUCACUUACUGGGAACUCUGUUACCACUACCUGAUGCUGAUCAUCAAUAUUUACAAAUUUAUUUUAUGGGCAAUUCAGAUGCGGAAAUUAAUAAUCGUUGUGCUCACAAUCCAACAGUGAAGAAAACCAUUGUCCAACAAUUACAAAUGUUUCUUCAUCAUUAUAACAAUUUAGUAAACAUGUUCAAAAUAGCAUUGGAUCGGAUGUCAUCUGAUAGCCAUAAUAUUAUUAUUCGAGCUGACAAAACACCUGCCGGUGAACACACAAGAAGGUUCAAUUCACCUACCAUUGAUGAAGUGGCUGUUGUCAUUGUGGGAGAAAAUUUACAAUCUAGAGAUAUUGUGCUUCAUCGUAGGAAUAGUGAUUUAAAACGUGUAUCUGAAACACACAGGAGUUAUGAUGCACUACAAUAUCCUUUGAUCUUCUGGCAGGGGGAAGAUGGAUACCAUUUUAAUAUCAAAAUGGUAAAUCAAGUAACAGAUGCUGAAACCAACAAAAAAGUUAGUGCUAUGAAUUUCUAUUCAUACAGACUCAUGAUCCGUCAAGGUGAAGUAAAUCAUAUUUUGAUGUGUCAACGACUUUUUCAUCAGUUUGCAGUUGACAUGUAUGUCAAAAUUGAGACUGAACGAUUGACAUACAUCCGUUUGAACCAACGACGGCUACGGUCAGAGGAAUACAUCCAUCUCCGCGAUGCUAUAAAUGCUGAUGGCAAUGUGAAUAAUGUAGGAAGAAUGACAAUUUUGCCAGCUACUUAUAUAGGAAGCCCACGCCAAAUGCAUGAAUAUGCUCAGGAUGCUAUGUCAUAUGUUAGGCAUUAUGGCCGCCCAGACUUAUUUGUUACAUUCACAUGUAACCCAAAAUGGUCCGAAAUCGAGAAGGAACUACUACAUAGCCAAACACCAGUUGAUAGACAUGACAUAACUGCCAGAGUUUUUAAACAAAAAUUAAAAUCUCUCAUGAAUUUCUUAAUAAAGCAUUGUGUGUAUGGCCGAGUCCGUUGUUGGAUGUACUCUGUAGAAUGGCAAAAGCGUGGAUUGCCACAUGCGCACAUUUUAGUCUGGUUAGUGGACAAAAUAAGGCCAGAUGAGAUUGAUUCCAUAAUUUCAGCUGAAAUUCCAGAUGAAAUAGUUGACCCAAAAUUGCAUGCAGUAGUUACCAAACACAUGAUACAUGGACCUUGCGGACAUUUCAACUACAAUUCACCCUGUAUGGUCGACGGUAGGUGUUCCAAGCGAUACCCAAGAGACCUGCUUGCUGAAACCAUAACGGGAAAUGAUGGAUACCCAUUAUAUCGUCGGUCAGUUGCGGACAGUGGGCGAUCGGUAGUAGUGAAGGUAAGAGGACAAAAUGUUGAUGUAGACAAUCGUUGGAUUGUGCCAUACUCGCCAAUAUUGUCCAAAGAUUUUGAGACUCACAUAAAUGUAGAAUAUUGUAAUUCUGUGAAGUCGAUAAAAUACAUAUGUAAAUAUGUUAAUAAAGGUAGUGAUAUGGCUGUCUUCGGUGUAACCAAUGCAAAUGAUGAAAUAUCACAGUACCAGAUGGGUCGCUAUGUAAGUAGCAAUGAAGCUAUUUGGCGUAUCUUUUCAUUUGCGAUCCAUGAAAGACACCCUACAGUCGUCCAUUUGGCAGUCCAUUUAGAAAAUGGUCAACGAGUUUAUUUUAAUGAAUCUAACGCGGCAGACAGGGCGGCACAUCCACCGUCGACAACGUUAACAAGUUUCUUCACAGUCUGUCAAACUGAUGAUUUUGCUCGCACUUUGCUGUAUGCUGACAUGCCACGCUAUUACACAUGGAACGCAUCAUCGAAAUCGUUUCAGCGUCGAAAACAAGGAACACCAGUUGAAGGACAUCCUAAUGUAUUUACUUCAGAUGCUCUGGGUCGCAUCUACACAGUACAUCCAAAUAACGAUGAAUGUUAUUAUUUGCGGUUGUUGUUGGUGAAUGUUCGUGGUCCGACAUCGUUUAAACAACUGAGAACAGUUAAUGGACAGCUGUGUGCGACUUACCGUGAGGCAUGUCAACUAUUACAUUUACUUGAGAACGAUUCGCACUGGGAUGAUACGCUCAAGGAUUCCGUAAUAUCUUCGUCGCCGCAUCAAAUUCGUACAUUGUUUGCGAUUAUCAUAUCGACAUGUUUCCCCUCGAAUCCAAAAGAUUUGUGGGUUAAGUAUAGAGAUGACAUGUCUGAGGAUGUUUUGCAUCGUGUGCGCCGUCAAACUUUGAAUCCUACACUACAAAUGACUGAAGAAAUUUACAAUAACACAUUGAUCAUGAUAGAAGAUAUGUGUUUAUUGAUGACAAAUAAAGUAUUAUCGUGUUUGGGAAUGACAGCACCCAAUCGUCAUAUGCACGAUGCAUUAAACCAUGAGUUGCAAAGAGAACAUCAUUACGACAUUGAAGCAUUGGCCGAAACAGUUCGUACAAAUGUUCCACAAUUAAAUCAACAACAAAGAAUUGCGUACGAUACUUUGAUAGAAGCUGUGAACAGUGGAUCUGGUGGAAUUUAUUUCCUUGAUGCUCCCGGAGGAACCGGAAAAACAUUUUUAAUUUCAUUGCUUUUGGCGAGGAUCAGAUCGCGAAAUGAUGUUGCUCUAGCGUUGGCUUCAUCUGGAAUAGCUGCAACUCUGCUAGAAGGCGGGCGAACUGCACAUUCUGCCUUGAAAUUACCACUAAACAUGCAAAUCACCGAAACACCAAUUUGCAACAUCGCCAAAAAUAGCGCAAUGGCCAAAAUCCUACAGGUAUGCAAAUUGAUUGUUUGGGAUGAAUGCACAAUGGCCCAUAAGAGGUCACUGGAGGCACUGGACAGAACGUUGAAAGAUCUUCGUGACAACCAAAAUAUUUUCGGUGGGGCCAUGAUUCUGUUGUCAGGUGAUUUUCGUCAGACUCUUCCAGUUAUUCCCCGAUCAACUGUUGCUGAUGAACUAAAUGCAUGCCUAAAAUCAUCAAAUUUGUGGCAGUACGUAAAGACACUCCACUUAACAACUAACAUGCGAGUAUUUUUGCAACAAGAUGAAACUGCAAAUGUGUUUGCGAAGCAGUUGUUAGACAUUGGAAAUAAUAAAGUCGCAGUGGACACCUCGACCGGAUUCAUCACAUUACCUACAGAUUUCUGUCACAUCACAGAAUCAAAAAUGGAGCUUAUUCAGCGAGUUUUCCCAGAUAUAGCGCAAAAGUUCAAUAACCAUAAUUGGCUGGGUAAACGAGCAAUAUUAGCAGCGAAAAAUAAAGAUGUCGAGGAUCUUAAUGCGACCAUUCAGAAUUUUCUUCCAGGACAGUUGGUUUCCUUCAAAUCAGUCGACACCGUAAUGAACCAGGAUGACGUAAUCACGUAUCCCACUGAGUUCUUAAAUUCACUGGAAUUGCCUGGAUUACCACCUCACAAUUUGCAGUUAAAAACUGGCUGUGAAAAGACUGAUGAAUAA